AUGCCAAGGCGACGGAACGACCCAGAUGCUGGUUUCCGCGAUUUCGGUCAGUUCCAUAACGGCUCUGAGACUACGAGUACGAAAUUUGGAAGUUUUGUAAUUGCAUUGAUGCUAGUCUUAUAUGCCUUCCGCGGGUGGGAAAAUGCAAAUUAUGUAACAGCCGAAAUAGACGGAGGUCUCGAAGAAAAGACCAAAAAACUAAAAUCAGGGGUUCGUCUUGGCGUCUUUACUGUGGGUGUUCUAUAUCUUCUUUUCAACACCGUGAUUUUCUUGGUCCUCGACUAUGAAACUAUUGCGAAGUACAGCGGAUCGCUCUCGGUGUUACAGGGCCUUUUUCAAACAAUUCGAUACGUGAAGCCGUCAUCAGACGGCUUCCUACCAGGAGAGUCUGUUGCAGCUCGAGCGGCUGCGGCAUUGAUAGCAAUAUCUUCGUUGGGAAGUACGAUCGGGGCGACAUACACAAGUGCCAGAGUAAAACGAGAGAUCGCACGUCAUCAACUCCUGCCAUUUAGUUAUAUUUUCGCAAAAAGUAGCGACAUGGGGAAAACUCAGGAGGAAGAGGGGAUUCCAACUGGCGGUCUAGUGUUAGAUUUUUUAGCGUCGGGAGGGCUUAUCAUAGCGGCGCCGAUCCACAAUGGUUCUUCUGAAGGAAUAACACUUCUUAUUCUCCUUGUGACUGCUCCUGGGUCUGCCAUUUUGGGCCCUACGACGAAUGGUGAACUUAAUUGA